AUGGAGUCGCUCGCCGUCGUUUUAACGGCCCCAAUGGUGCUUAUAGACACGAAGGCUGCUCGAAUACUGCUCGCCGUCUCCAGUGCCACGGCUGGUGAACGCGUCCAAUCCGCGCAACGCAUGUACAGGUACCGCCACCGCGAUCGCUUGUCUGGUGUUGGUGUUGCCGCCGCAGCUGAUGAUAUUAAUUCGACGUCCAAUUUCUGGAUUGUUGUUGGCGCUGGCUGGCAGCAAAUGCCUGCUGCUGCAACCGCUAGAGAGCAGCAGAUGGAGACGGGGAUGGCUGCCGCUGCUGCAAGCCACUUUGGCGUCCCACAGCCUGCUCCUCUGCGAGUCCCUGCUGCAUCUGCAUCUGCAUCUGCAUCUGUCGCAGCCCUCAGCGCUGCUAGUUCCACUGCUAGCUCUGCUGCUCGCAGCCGCAAUCCCUGUGGCUCUCCACGGGCCCUGCGAGACACACCGGCUCAUGCGCGUCUCUGCUUCAGGGGAGGACAAGUGAAGAGAGGAGGGGUCGAGCCCGAGGGGUUGACUGGAGGGCUGAGACCGCUUAGAGCGUCGCCGCCAAUCGAACCAGCACCGGCUGAUGCCAAAAACCGCCGUGUGACUGCUGCCAAGCUGGAUCCCAGUGCCCAAGCGAGACCACAGAUGGCGUGGGAUUUUCCUGCCUGGUCUUGGGCUAUUUGCUUCUUCCUUCGAGUUGCUGGUAUGGCGUUUGUUGGGGUGUUCAACAUGUGCAAGAUUGAGUGUGUGGACGAGUGA